UUUCCAUUCCAUUCCAUUUCACUUGAUUAAUUUUUGUCACAUUGUAUUUUUGUUUUAUUCCCCAAUCUUCAAUUUCACCCAAAAUCUAUCAAUCAAUCUAUGCAAAAUCUUUUUAUUUUUUUAUUCUUUCUUUCUAAAACAUGAAACCCACCAGAUUACUAACCACUAGUCUUUCAACACCAAUCUUUUUUACAGCACCUAAAUUGACUUCACAUGUUGAUUGGGUUUAUGGUCGUUUUCGGCCACCGGGUGUUAAAUUCCGUUUGGCCACCAGCUCAGCCCAUGAUACCCAGUUGGCGCCCAACAUCGUCGACGUUGGUUCUUCCGGCAUGUUUCACGUCCCGCCGCCGCCCUCUCCCGCACCCAAGUCACAGCUUUGGGAGGAGACUCUAGAGAAAGUUAUAUAUAAUUGCAGGUUUUUUACUCUUUUAGCUGUUAUGGGAUCUUUGAUUGGAUCAAUUCUAUGUUUUAUUAAGGGUUGUGCAUAUGUUUUGGCAUCAUUCCAAGAUUUCUUUGUCAACCAUGGGAGAGGGAUCUUCAUGUUGGUUGAUGCCACUGAUGUGUAUCUUCUGGGAACAGUCAUGUUGGUUUUUGGCAUGGGUCUGUAUGAGCUUUUUAUUAGCAAUCUAGAUAUCGGACAGUCAACAUCAGAAGAAUCAACAUCUCACAAAUCUAAUCUUUUUGGCUUAUUUGUUCUAAAGGAAAGGCCAAAAUGGCUGGAAAUAAAAUCCGUUAAUGAGCUCAAAACCAAACUUGGUCAUGUCAUAGUGAUGCUUCUGCUCAUUGGACUAUUUGAAAAAAGUAAGAGGGCGGCCAUUCUAACCCCAAUAGAUUUACUAUGCUUCUCAGGCUCUGUGCUACUUUCUUCUUGUUGCUUGUAUCUGCUGUCGAAGCUUAAAUAGAAGCAGAUCAAGGGUAACCCCAGAACCCAAUUCCACAAGGCUGCGUUGGUCUUUUAGAUUUUCAGGCAGUUAUUUGUGGUUUGAUGCACUUACCGUCAAAAAAAUGCUGGUAUUGUACCAAGUGUUCAAUCUAAAAUCAAUGUACAGUAAAUCUUGAGAGCAUAUGCUAUGUAAUACAAAAAGCUUUACUAUGUCA